GGUAGCAUUCGAACAAUAUUGUUAAAAAAAGUCACCGAAAACUGGGCAAAUGUAAAGACGUGGUGUGGAGUUUUAGCUUUUGAUCGUGCCUAAAAAAGAAAAUGAUUCAAAUUAAAUGUGAAGAUCAAAACUCGGGUAUGGAUGCUCCAAAUAAGAGUGGGAAAAAAGAAUCAUCAAAUGAGACAGAUCAAAAUCAGGAAACCGAAGCCGAUUAUUACGCUUUGAAAAAAUGGGAGCUUGGUUUUCUGAGGCAAGAAUGUGAAAAUCUGGGAUUGGAAACAUUUUACCAAAAGUACAUGGAAAGAGUGCAACGAAGUUAUCUUUCAAUAUUCGUAGUGCUUCAAACGCUCGUCAGUAUCGCUCAUGUUGUGAUAAUAAUCACUGGAGAAAAGCAUCCUACAGCUGCUAUACAUCCAGAUUUAAUAUGCUACACGUUCGGAUGUUUGAUUGUAUGGAUAUCAUUGUUUGCUGCCUUCAAGCAAAAGCUGAUCAAAGCCCAUCCAUGGGUCCCAUAUGUAACAUCAUGUGUAGCUAUAUUUACGCUUAUCAUAACAGAUCUAAUUAUACCACUCUAUCAUGCGAUAGUGACCUUUGUAAAUCCACCAUUGAGGCCUUCUUACGCAGGUCAAACAAUACUUGCAAUAUUCAUAUUCUUACCACUCAGAGAAAAUGCACAUGUUAUCAUGUUGGGAAUAGCGACAACUCUAUGUUAUAUGAUUAUAAUGACUUUCAUUUCAUACCGGUUGGAGUCGGAUUUUUAUACAAAAUCCAUCACUGAGCUGGUUUACUUCAUUUGUCUUAAUCUAUUUGGAUUAUAUUUUCGAUUGAUUAAUGAGGCUGCCAUUCGAAGAACAUUUCUGGAUAGACGUGAAUUAGUUGAGGGCAAUUUAUUGCUGAAAUUUGCACGAAAUCAAGAGAAAGAGCUGCUGUUAAGUAUUUUACCAGAACACACAGCAGAGUUGAUGGAAAAAGAUAUUCGAGUUAUGAUAGAGAAGAUGUAUCGAAGUAAAACGAAUACAAUCAACACCAAAAAUUUCUUCAAAACAGGAACACAAUGGAGAUCGAUUAACAAGCUUUAUGUCCAAAAACACACCAAUGUAACAAUACUAUAUGCUGAUGUUGUAAACUAUACGCACAUAACAACACAGCUUCCUGUGCGAACUUUGGUUGAUGUCUUACACGAAUUGUUUGUAAAAUUUGACGAAGCCGCGAAGGAAUUCAAUGUGUUGAGAAUCAAAUUUUUGGGCGACUGUUACUAUUGUGUUUCAGGUGUUCCUGUGAGGAAUAAAUACCAUGCUAAAAGUUGCGUCAACUUGGGCCUCAGAAUGAUCAAAGAUAUUCGCGAUGUCCGAAUGUCGAGAGAUCUCAACAUUGACAUGCGGAUUGGUAUUCAUUCUGGAAGUAUCAUAUCCGGUGUAAUUGGAGCAUGCAAAUGGCAAUACGACAUCUGGUCUAAGGAUGUGAUCAUAGCGAAUCGAAUGGAAUCCACGGGCGAAGCAGGAAAAGUGCACGUAACUACACAGACGUUAGAAUUAUUAGACGGAGAGCAUAUUUAUGAAGAAGGUACGGAGAAGGCCAAAAACGAUCCUGUAUUAUUGAAACAUAACAUACAAACGUUUUUGAUUGUGCCUCAAUUUUAUGAUGAUAGUAACUACUAUCCCAUUCAAGAAGCAACUUCGAGCAGCCGAUUAUCAUUGGGAGUGAAGCGAAAAACUCUUCAAUCAAAGAAAGAACGAAACAUUGUCAGCAAAAAUUUUAUGCAGAAUUCAAUGGAACAAUUUCGAGAAAUCAUGAAACAGACAAAUGUAGAAAUGGAAAAGGAAUUGGACCGUAUGCCGAUUGGGAGAUUUCAGUUUAACAAAAUGUUUUCAACAGCCGCGACUGCUCAGCAACAAAAAAGAUCACUCCCAUACUCGGUUUCUAGCAAAAACGAUGAUUUGGAAGAGGAUCAUCGAUUCGAUAAUAUAUCGGCAUUUUUUAUGUGUUUCAAGGACAUGAGAUGGGAAUUACCGUUUAUGCAACAGCCUGAUUUGAUGCUCAAAUACAGUGUGCUGAUGAGUUUCAUUGUGUUCAUUUGUAUUAUUUUAAUUCAAGCUCUGAAUUCAGCAACGAGUUCAUACUUUUGGGCGGUCAUUGGCGUUUCGGGCGGCAUUUUGUUCAUGUUCAUCCCCAUAACAUGGUUCAAGAAACUGUGGGAUGUGUAUACUCCCUACUCUUCUGAAGAUCUAUUGAGAGUUCGGAAACCACAGACAAAAAUUUUAAAGCAAUUUUAUCUUUUUUCCAAUAACAUCAUGGGUAAUUUAACAAUGCGAACAUCCAUUUAUUUAGGCACUACGUUCGUGUUAGUGACGUGCAGUUUAAUUUUCCUGCUUGAGUGCAGUUCGUAUCCUUGCGAUCAUGAAGGCAGCGGAUAUUGUUCAAAUUCCUGGUCUAUAAGCCAAAGCCUGACGCUGGCUAUUGGAAUGACCUUCCUAUUUUUAAGAAUACACUUUGUUCUAAAAGUGAUGUGUGGAAUAGCUAUCUUGCUGCUGUAUUCAUGGAUUAUAUUUGAUGAAAUGGUGUGCAUUUUCCAAAACAGCGCAAGCAUGAACCCCGGAAUGGAUUCAACGGUAGCGCAUUUGAUGCUGGUUUUAUUCACCGUGAUUAUAUUUCAUUGGAUUGACCGACAGUCGGAAUAUAUUGCCAGAGUUGACUACAAUUGGAAGCGCCAGCUUCUGAAGCAAAAAGAAGAAGCCGAAGUAACGAAACAAACCAAUAAAAUCCUGGUGGAGAACAUUCUACCUACACACGUUGCUGAAAUAUAUCUUAAUCGACAGUUGAAGAAUGAGUUUUACAGCGAAGAGUAUAAGGAAAAUGUAGCUGUAAUGUUUGCCACAAUUACGAACAUGGAUAUUAACAGUGACAUUUCUGUUGAAAAUGAGAAAAGUGUUCUUAAAGUACUCAACGAAAUUAUAUGUGAUUUCGAUGAAAAACUGCAACACUUCGAUGGCUAUUUGAAGGUGGAAAAAAUAAAAGUAGCAGGUUGGACCUAUAUGGCAGCCUGUGGCCUUGAUCCAGGACGAUGCGAUUCUUCGUUGUUUGGAAUAACACGUGAUUCGCUCAUGACUAACGGAAGAAGAAGUUUGAACCCCCGAAUUUCUGACGUCAUUCAUGAAUCGCAAACAGUAAAAAAUGUCAGUAAUCGACAAAGUAAUAAUGUUACAAUUAUAAUGACGGCGUUUGCUCUCGAGUUGAUGAAAGUAUUGCGCGAAUUUAAUAAUGAAAAUUUCAAACAAACAAAUCCGGGUUUGCUCAGGGUUGGAAUAUCCAGUGGCAAAGUAAUGGCAGGAGUUGUUGGAUCGAGCAAACCCCUUUACGACAUCUGGGGCAAUGCAGUUAAUAUGGCAUCUAGAAUGGACUCUACAGGAAUACCAGGAAAAAUCCAGAUAACAGAGGAGAGUGCUGAAAUACUUCAGAGUUAUGGUUAUCAGUGUGAAUAUCGAGAUAAAAUUUUUGUUAAGGGUAGGGGACUGAUACCAACUUUUUUCGUAAAAACCAACGACAAAUAUGAAUUCAUCAAAAGUAACCUCCCUGACGAUUCAACGACCAAGCUGUAAAAUUUCAAAUU